UUAUACAAAAUUUUCGGCUUGUCACGAAGCGAAAUAGUUCCUCUGCUGCUGUGUAGAAUAUUUCUUCUUAAUAAGUCGAAAAAAAAACCCGUGAAAAUGCCUGAUCAUUUAGGAGAAGAUAUGCGUAAAACUAAACAUGAAGACGUUAAAGAAGAAAAAGAUAUUAAAGCUCUCGACGAAAGAGACAUCGAAAUUCUUAAAACCUAUGGUCAAGGACAGUAUACAAAGGCAAUAAAAAAUGUUGAAGAAGAUAUCCAGUCCAUCAUCAAACGAGUAAAUGAACUAGCCGGCAUUAAAGAAUCAGACACAGGAUUGGCGCCUCCAGCAUUAUGGGACCUUGCUGCUGACAAGCAAAAUUUGGCCAAUGAACAACCAUUGCAGGUUGCCCGCUGCACCAAAAUUAUCAAUGCAGAUUCUGACGAUCCAAAAUACAUCAUUAACGUCAAGCAAUUUGCCAAGUUUGUUGUUGAUUUGGCGGAUUCAGUGGCUCCCACAGACAUUGAAGAAGGAAUGCGUGUUGGCGUAGAUCGUAAUAAGUAUCAGAUCCACAUUCCACUCCCACCAAAAAUUGACCCAACUGUCACAAUGAUGCAAGUGGAAGAGAAACCAGAUGUUACUUACAGUGACGUUGGUGGCUGUAAAGAACAAAUUGAGAAACUUCGUGAAGUUGUGGAAACGCCUUUGCUUCAUCCGGAGAGAUUCGUGAAUCUCGGUAUUGAACCACCCAAGGGUGUUCUUCUAUUUGGACCACCUGGAACUGGCAAAACCCUAUGCGCUCGUGCCGUAGCUAACAGGACGGACGCGUGCUUUAUUCGAGUAAUCGGAUCUGAACUUGUUCAGAAAUACGUUGGAGAGGGAGCUCGAAUGGUAAGAGAACUCUUUGAAAUGGCCCGGACAAAGAAAGCAUGUUUAAUCUUCUUCGAUGAAAUCGAUGCUAUCGGCGGCGCACGUUUCGACGACGGUGCUGGUGGAGACAACGAAGUUCAAAGAACUAUGUUAGUUAAUCAGCUUGAUGGCUUUGAUCCUCGAGGAAACAUUAAGGUCUUGAUGGCUACCAACCGACCAGAUACUCUUGACCCUGCUUUGAUGAGGCCCGGUCGUUUGGAUCGUAAGGUUGAAUUCGGUCUUCCAGACUUGGAAGGCAGGUCACACAUCUUCAAAAUCCACGCUCGAUCGAUGAGUGUUGAGAGAGACAUUCGUUUCGAACUAUUGGCUCGCCUUUGUCCCAACAGCACCGGAGCCGAAAUUCGUUCUGUGUGCACUGAAGCCGGUAUGUUUGCUAUUCGCGCCCGCCGAAAGGUGGCAACUGAGAAAGAUUUCCUUGAAGCCGUCAACAAAGUCAUCAAGUCUUACGCUAAAUUCAGCGCGACACCUCGCUACAUGACUUACAAUUAAAUUUCAAAAGACGCGGUUAAACGGAUUGCCUGUUGCAUAUAAUACGUGUAUUCCGGCCAUUUUCUCUCCUCUUUUUUUGCAGUGGCCCGUAAUACAAUGUGAAAGGU